UGUUUUCAAAUUCAAACUUUUAUAAUAUUUUUUUCGAAUUUGUUUUUUGAUUUUUCAUAUUUUAUUUUUAAGUUUCAAAAAUGCCUUUUGAUUUUUAAAAUUUUUAUCUUGAUUUUUGUUUUUUUAAUAAAACACAAUAACAAUAAUUAAGUUAAUUAAACAUAAUUAUUUAUAAUUUAUAUAAUUUGUGGAACUAAUUCUAGAUAAUUAAAAACUUAUAACAAGGAAUAUGCACAUUGUUUGGAACUAAGGAUUAUGCUUUUCGUGUUUUGUUUGGAUGAUAAACAAAAUACAUAUGAUGAUCGAAUCAUCUAACUAAAACAUAUUACAUAUACAACAGAUAAUAAAAUGAAUAAUCCGGUUUAGUACAGUGGUUGAACUAAUAGGUAGAUAGUAUCUGAACCCGUGUCCGACGCCCCCACUAUAAAUUUUAAAACAAUCUUUUAUUAUUUUUAUUAAUUAAUUAAAAUAUAAAUGAUAUGUAAGUAUUCAUUAAAUCCACAUAAGCAUUCAUUACCAUUUAACUAAUGGAGACACAGUCAAUGUAUGUAUAAAUCUAAAUAUCUUUAUUCGUGUAUGAAAUUUAAAUAUUUUAUGUGUUGACGUAAGUUUUAGCACAUGAUCUGUAUGUAUGUACUGAUCGGGACCGCGAUCCUCUGUUGAUGUAUGAAUUGGCCAAUUUCUCUCUCAAAAUGACUCGGUAGCUGAAGUACUAUCGGUGUAAUUUAAACAAGCUAGCAGGGUAAUUGAUACUAUAGUUCUUAUAAAUGAUUAAACUUUUAAGUUUCACGUCUUAGCUAAUUAGUAAAGAAAUUGUAAUUAUUAUAGAUACAUAUUUCUGAGAUAUAUAUAGUGAAACUCAAAUAUUUUUCAACAGAUGUUGUGGUACCGAACUGCCGAUCAUCCAUACUUAAAUGGCGUGUCAACAUGACCAAAUCUUUCUAGAGCGUUCAUUGCGAUACGUAAGACCAGUAGAAACAACUUAUUUUAUAUUUUUGAACAAGACGUUUAGCAUGUAUAGUGUAUACGUUACAUUCAUUGAAAGUUUAGCAUGUAUAUAGUGUAUACGUUACACACAUAACUAAUAUGAUGGUAAAUUUAAACACAUAUACAUAUAUUCAACUCUCAUAGUCCUGCUAAUUAGGCCACGCAUGGAAUAAUAGCCAUAUGUUGAAAUAUAAAUUGGAAUUAAAACCGCCAUAUGUUUUGGGCGAAACCGCCAAGAAGAUGCAUGAAAAUCAAAACUUGCAAGGACUCACAAGGUCAAUAUGAUGCGCCUAAUUACUCCUUUUCCACACAUAACUCAUUUCACCAUUCACAUUCGUAGCUCAUGCAAUGACAAAGUGCAGCAUUUAAGUUGACUUUCAACGCAUCACAUUCCUCACUGUAACUAGUCUUUUGCUAGACGUGUUGAUUUCACUAAACAAUGAUUUGCUACUGUCCACGACUCGCAUAUUUUAGGAUACACCUACAAGGGCCUACGUCUCUGUAGUUUAGAGACUAAACAAACUUGUAUAAUUGAGAGAACAUGACAAUUUUUUUUUUGGCCAACGGACAAGACUUGUUCAGAAUACAUAACUAUCUAUCAUUUAAUGUGACCACUUACCACUAUCGUAGUCCUAUAGGCAAUAAAAGCUGGACAUGAAAUUUGAAAGGAUCCAACGUUAAGAAAAUCGUUGGUAGGACCCCGAUUCUCGUGAACAAGAAGCGCCACAGCCCACAAGCACAAGGAGCGUUUUGUUUAUUUUCUCUUCUAACGUUACAUUUUUUCCCUACAUAAUACAUUUUUCUGUCAAAUAAAAUACACAAAACCUCACAUUAUUCGUCAUGAAACUUUCCAUUUUUCUUCUAUUUAAACCCCAACCCAUUUAUUCUUACAACGUCAAAGAAGGUUUAUAUUCUUUUUUAGCAAAAAUAAAAUAAAAAAGGCGUCUACUCUGAAAAAGCGAUGGAAUUUGAGUCUGAUGAUCAAGAACGGUUCUGUGCGACUCCUAAGCUUCCUCUGUUCUCGAUUCCAUUAAAUAGAGCAUUUGAUACUCCUGGCCUAGCGACGCCGCCUGUGAACAUCGCCGGAUCAGUUCCAUUUCUAUGGGAGGAAGCUCCGGGAAAGCCUCGCGUUUCCGAUGAGAACAAACCUCCUGCGUCAAAGCAGAACGCCGGAGGAGGAGGGGGAGUUGUGAGGUGUCUUGAGCUUCCGCCGAGGCUGAUUUCGCCAGCCACGGCGGAUGAGCCAUCUCCGACCACAGUUCUUGAUGGCCCUUACGUUAUACCUCGCCGGUCUUUGUCAGUGAUAUGGAGAAGCGAAAAACAAUCCGAGUGUAGCUCCAACUCUUCACAUUCCACGAACGGUCGCUACUGCGAUGGUGGCGGCACAACGGUGAAGAUAAGCAGAAUUAGAAGAAAAGGAAGCCUUGUGAACCUUUCUCACUCAAAAUCUGAUUUCUUGGCAAGGGUUUACAAAGGGUUUAAGCAAGUGAUUCCAUGGAGGCGUAGGCAAGAUAAUCUUCCAAGGAUGAGUUCUUCCAAUAUUUAGAAAGAAAUCUCUCCAGUUUCUUUGUAGUAUUCCUCUGUAUAUAAUAAUUUACAGACAUGAGAAAAUAAUUAUAGUAAUACUUCAUCUAUUUCAAUAUGUAAGCCCUGGUCAAGAUUUUUUUGUUUGUUUCACAAUAUAAGUUGUUUUUAAAUUCCAAUAUUUUUUUUGCAUUGUACGACUAAACGAUAUUUAAUUAAAACAAAAUAUGAUUUAUCAUUGGUCAUUUCUUUUUUAAUUAAAUUUUAGAGACAAAAUAAUGUUUAUCUUAGUAUUUAUGAUUUAGCCAAAACAACUUAUUAUUUGAAACAAAGAGAUUAACGUUUACUAAAACAGUAUAAUCAAAUUAUGACCCAUACUGGUGAAGAGCCAAGACAAUGCAUGGGGCGUUGACAAAUUCACUAUGAUGCCAAGCCUUUAUACAAAUCCCACUAAAGCACGUCAAAACCAUAUUGCUUUGAUGAGUUUUUUUUUUUGGAAUAAAAAUAUUGUUCUGAUUUUUGUUCUUAUCUAUUUAGCAACCUCCACUAGGUACUCUUCUAUAGUUUAUAUAUUUGUAAAUGAAAAUAUAUUACCAUUAAAUAUAAUUUUGACACUAAAUGUGCAAAUAUAAUAUUUGGAAAUUACAAAUAAUCGGGUGGAAACGCAUGGCUCAUGCAACAGUUGGUGGUUCUGAGUUUUUUUCCCCUUUAACAUAUUUCAUGCGUAAGUUGAUAUACAAUUUUCUCAUGUCACUCAAAACCUUCUUUACAUUUUCUUUAGGAAUAUUUACUUAUGGGCUAGUUAGGUAGAGUUAACAUAUAUAUUAUGGGCUAAUCAGGCAGAGUUAAAGAAUUAUUUUACCAUUCGUUAUUUUGAAAAUAAAGCUCUAUAACUUGAUAGGAUUAAUUUAUGUUAUACCAUAAUUAGGCUGUAAAUUUGCAUAUCCUCUAUAUAUUAAUAGAAAAACAUUUAAAAAGUUAUAACAUGUAGUUUGUACUAAUUAAAAAAAUUUCAUGCUGAAUUAUCACAUAAUUAGAAUGCUAGUUUUGCUUAAGUGACAACUUGAAUAUCAAUUGAGAAUUUUGUUAGUCCAAAAUUAAAUUGAUAGGAAACAUUAUAUUAUAUAUUAUGUCUAUUAUGGACCAUUCAUCUAUCAAAUUGAAAUUAUUAUAUAUUAUUUUCUUAAAUAAAACCUACGGAAUUACCUAAUGUGAUUAAGAUAUAUAUAUAUAUAUAUAUAUAUAUAUAUUAAUUAUUUUAAAUAAUAAAUAUUUGCUAGCAAUCUGUAUAUUUUUUAUCAUUUUUGUUUAAUUAUUUAAUAUUAAAAUAAAUUGCAAAAUUACAUUAAUCAUAUAAUAAAAUUUUAGAUUUUUUUGUAUAUAUUGAAUUUUGAAUUUUUCAAAACGAGUAUAAAUUACUAAAACUGUUAAAACACUCACAAAUACUUUUGUGAUCAAAUUUUAAUUUUUUUCUGUAAUAAGAUAUAGUGAUUAUAAAAUCAUAUGGAUAAAUAAUUUUAUUUUAAAAAGUGUUUAUGUUAAUAUAUAUAUAUUUCAUAUCGUUUUAAUUAAACUAUACAUCAUAUGAAAAUACAUACUUAUAUUUUGAUAUCAACAUUGAACAUAUAAUGAAAAGUAAAUAUUUUAAUUUUCAAAUCCACUGUUUUUUUUAAUUGAUCAUAUAUUACUGAAACCACUAAACAUUCUACAUUAAAAAAAAUCGUUGGCGUAAACUUUUAUUACACACACAUGUAAAUAAUCAUAAAAUCAUAUGAGUAGAAACCUUAUUUAAUAAAUAUUCAUAUUAAAAGUAUACUAUAUAUCUAUGUUAAUAUCAUUUAAAUUUAAUUAUAUAUCAUAUACGAUAGAUAAGAUUGAUUGUUUUGAUUUAUUUACUCUAAAAUGAUUGCGAGUAAACAAGAGCUGUCGUUUGAUUUAUAUGCAUACACUAAUUUAUUACAUAAUAAUAACUGAUUGAUUAGUUAUUUUAUAUAUAAUUAUUAUUUUAUUAUUUCAUAAUAUGUAAAAAACAUAAAAUAAGUAAUAAAUAUACAAUAUUUAUUCUGCACAAAGUGCAGAUCUUAACCUAAGUAUGCAUUUUUUUAAUAAUUUUAAAUCUUAAACAUUUUCUAAAUCUGAGGUCAAAACAAAAUAACAAAAUGAGAAUAAACUCAAAAAUCAAUAUUUAUAUCGAGCAAUAACCAAAAUAAAAAAAAAACAAAAAUAUUGAAGAUAGAUUAGGAUUGACACAUGAACGUAAACUUCUUAUAACCAUAAUUAACUUUUAAAUUGCUAAAUCAUGAUAUAAAACCAAACUGAUAUAGUUUCAUUAUAACCAAAUAGUAUGCCUGAGAUUAUUCGGCAUAAACGUUAGGUUCUUAUGCGAUAAGUGGUUUUUUAACUUCAAAUAUUUUUUUAAAUGGGAUCACCUCAUCAGUAAACAAAUUAUGUAUAUAAUAAAAAAAAGUUUUAAAAAUUGUUUAAGGGCCAAAAAUAUUCGAUCAAGAAUAUAAAUUUUAUUUUUUCAUACGAUAUUUCUUAAAUAAUUUUCAUAUAAAUGAUCAUAAUAACUACUAACAUUUUCUAAAGUUCAUAUUAUAUGCUUUAUUAAUCAUCUAUAAAAACAUUUAUCAAAUUAUGUAUCUUGGCUUAUUGUAUAUUUUAAAUUAUUAUAAGAGCUUGUAAGUCAUCUAUAAGAGAUUAAAAUCCUAUCUUGCUAAGUAUUAAUAGAGAAGUCAAUUUAGUAAUUUUUGCUUACGUGUCGAUUAUAAGUGAACUAUUACAAAAUUGUUAUAAUUUAAUUGGUCAGUGAUUUUUAAUUUUUAUUUAUUUUAAUUAGAUCUAAAAAGAAAAGGUAAGUCUAUAACCAAUCAAUAUCACUUACCAAAUAAUUUAUAUAAUAUCAAAAAUAAUGAGUUAUGGUUACUAAUUGUUGAAAUUAUAGAAAGAGAAAUAAAUUGAUCAUUUUUAUAUUUAAAAAUACAUAAAAUAAUAAAUGACAAACCGUUUAUAUAAA